UAGGAAGGUUCGCACCGAAGUAAAACUGUGAAGAUGGUGGUGGGAGGGGGAGGGGGGAGGAGGCGCUAAGUUUAGCCAGUCGUGUGCUGUGUUGCUCGCGAGACGUUCGCUUGUGACUGUCUAUGCACCUAACCAGAUCAGAGCAAGGGGAGGAGCUCAACUUGAGUUGUGAUGACCAUGACUGAGAGAUGAUGCUGCGAUGUUCUCGUCUCUGAAAUUGUCCAACCUGCGAGGUCGCAAGCCGGGAGAGGUCGAUCAGCUGGUGACCUCAGGACCUCCCCAUCUUGACCUCACCUCACCACCCUCAAAGAAACCCCCUCAUCCUAUCGUCACCACCAACCGUCGGUCUCACAAGUGGAGUAUUGAUAGAGCUCUGUGUCCGGGAAUUGGUGACAAGAGGCAAGAGGAAAAGCCAAAGAUGCCUUCCAGAGUAGAAAUUGAGCACAAGCGGCAAGAAAAUAUUGAUGAUAGUUCCUUCAGUCAUAACAAUGAAUGGGAUACUCAGUCAUAUGAAGAACAUUCCAGCAGUGUGGCGGUGGUGGCAAGGACCAUGAACGUGUCAAUAGAGCGAGAUGCCAGUGGCAGUCUGGGAAUCACUCUACGAGGUGGAGCACACCACGAUCCUGCCCUCUCUCGGCCCCUCAUAAUAACCCAGAUCAAGCCAGGGGGGCCAGCAGACAGAGAGGGCACAAUCAAGGUGGGCGACCGACUGCUCUCAGUGGACGGUCACCAGUUGAGUUCAGUGACGCUGAGUGAAGCACAAGCACGUCUCCGAGCCACUGCCAGCCCAAUGAGCAUGCUGUGUAUAGAGUAUGAUGUGAGCAUGAUGAGUGGUGUACGCGCGGCACAAGGUCCACUGCUGGUGGAGAUCGACGGACCUCACUGCCACAGCCUCGGCCUUGAACUUGUCAACACACCUGAUAACUCAGCUGUUGUCAUCGGGCAUGUCAAAACUGGGAGUAUUGCUGAAAGGUGUGGGGCAUUGCUGCCAGGGGACCAGAUCCUGGCUGUAAAUGACAUCUGUGUGGAGGAUACCAAGAUGACAGCCGAGGAUGUCAAUCAGCUGAUGUGGACAGGCAAUUCGUGUGUCCUGCAGAUCCUACCAUCUUCCUCAUCUUCUUAUAGAGGAUUUCCUCAACCAUUAUAUAGUUGUCCAAGUCCAAGCCAAACCUCAAAACAUUCAAGAGAUGUCCACCUCUUAGAUGGUAAUUCAUCUCCAACAAAAGCUCAGUCUCCAUUAAUGAAAAGGCUGCAGACUUCAUCUUCGUCUAUUCAGGAAUCUGAGGUUGAAGCAAAUAGUAGUGGAGUUUAUCAGAGAAAAAGUUUGGCUGUAUCUUUAAACUGUGAUGCACAAAAAAGGUUUGGAAUCACCUUAGCACCUGAUUCCAAGUCAGCAGUUGUUAUAAGCGUGAUCGAGCCAAGAAGCCCAGCAGAAAGGUGUGGGAGUCUGCAGAUUGGUGACAGAGUAGUUGCUAUCAAUGGAACCUCACCUCCAGAUUUGUCAUCUCCAAAGAGUGUCGAGUCUCUGGCCCAGACCCUCUCCGUUACUCUCACCAUAGAGUUUGCUGUGGCUCAAACUGUCAUGCCCACAUCGGGAGUGUUCACAGUGAAACUCGCAAACAAUAAAGUCGCGGGUUUGGGCAUCACCAUUUCAGGUUGCAGCCAGUACCGUGGAUGGAUGGUGAUUUCCCACAUUCGGCCAGGAUCUGUAGCACACCGCUGUGGCACACUAGCCCCAGGUGACAGACUGCUCUCAGUCAACAAUCACAGCUUGGCCGAGUGUAGCCUGGAGCAAGCCAUCAAUGUCCUUCAUUCCACACAGGACAUUGUCACCCUCGUAGUGCAAAAGAUGUCACGUGAGGAAUGCAGAGAGGAAGGGUACAGCUCUGUCCACACGGUGGAGUUCUGCCGUGGUGGUGGUCCUUUGGGAAUCACGAUAGCUGGCUCAGAAGACCCGCAGGAACCCAUUGUCAUCUCGGGACUGACUGCAGACGGACUGGCUGAGCAGUCUCAGGCGCUGUGUGUGGGUGACCAGCUGCUAGCUAUCGGCAGCCAUAGCCUCAGUCAGGAGCCGUUGUCUACUGCCAUACAGCUGCUCCAGAGCUCUACAGACAGAGUGGUGCUAUGUGUGGGCAGAGUUCAUUCUCCUCUCAGUGCUGCAGGUUCAGCCAGAGAAGACCAAGUCCAAGGUUACUCCAGUCCGGAGAUCCCUUCUGUAGAUUCUGCUGUAGAAUCCUGGGACAGUCUACAUGAACAGAGCCCCCCAGCCGUUCAGCCAAAUCUACACUUCUACAAAUCUGAGAGCUCAACCGUGAGACGGAAGCAACCGUUGCAAACUUGUGAUAGUCCGGUGCUGACUUGCAAUACUCACUGGCCUGGUGCUGGGCUGCACAGUACCAAUAGCCUCAACACUGUCCAGUCUGAUGCAGACGAUACUUGCUCAUCUUUCAGGCUGUCAGAGUCUGUGCUCAAUGAUUACACAAGUCAAAUGAUGGCUCAGCAGAAGAUAGCCCCUCCUUCCCCUCCCUGCCCUCUCCAAGUCAACUACCAACAUCGCAACAAUACUCUGCCAAACCAUAGGCGCAGCUCCAGUAUAGGACUGAUGAGGUACCCAGACACAGUCCAAGCUAACUUAAUAUCAUCUCCACGACGUUGCCGCAGGGGCUUCCAUCUCCUGGAGGACGAGGCUACAAAUUUUCCUCUCUCCGAAGAUCUGGAAAUCAACCAUCCUGAGAUCACAUUUGACACAUUCUUUAAGAGAGUGACAGGACCUAACAGAGACUUAGCAACUGAUCACUCCAAGAAUGAUGGCCAUGUCUUUCAGGUGACGCUAUACAAGGAUCCUGUAUAUGAGGAUUUUGGGUUCAGUGUGUCUGACGGUCUGUAUGAGAGAGGAGUGUUCAUCAAUCGUAUCCGGCGGGGUGGACCAGCUGACACUUGCAGACUUCUUCAGCCAUAUGAUCGUAUUUUGCAGGUGAAUGAGACACGGACAGAAGACUUGGACUGCUGUCUGACAGUGCCUCUGGUGGCGGCAGCUGGUGACAAGCUUCAACUUACAGUGCGACGCGGACACUACUCCUCUCCCCACCACCACCAUACCCAUCCUCCCGAGCUCAAGGACCACAACACAGCACCGCUACCAUGGAUGGAGGAUGAUGACCAGGAUUCACAACCUCCUCCUCCCACUCCACCACCACCCCCCAUAAAAACGCCAACUAUCACAAAAACCCUCUAGUCAUUAUUGCAAUUUAUAUAAAUAGUGUUUGUGCAUGUGUUUUCUUAUGUUUUGUUUGUCUAUACAUUUAGUGUGAAAUAAUUAUAUUGUAAAUAUAACAAAAUGAAUAAAGUUCCUACAAGAAAAUAAUGCUCAAACUUAGUGAAAAAGUUUUAGUUAAAACCAUCAAGUUCAUGUGUCUACCUCAUAAACUUCUGUGUUUGUGCCAUAAACUAAUACAUUUUAAUAUAAAAUAUGGUAUA